CCGUGACAAAUCCCAGAGCUUUUUUAUAAUUCCCAAACUAUUAAAUUUUUCCUUUUUCUUUUCUUUUUUUUACCAUUGCAUCAUCAUCAUCAUCAUAUACCCCUGCAGGAACACUAAUUAUCAUAUAUCUCAUCGCCUUCCCUUCGUCAUGGCGGGUAAGGAAGCUGUUUCCUUCAACGAGAUUAUUCAAGCUGGCCGCCUGAAGAAGAAAAAUGAAGACCUUGCCAGCAAGAUCCUGGGUAAGAACAGGAGAGCUAGUGCGCCUGGCUCGGGAGUUGGAAACAAAGCACAGAAUGCGACUCCCGGGAGUCUCGCAAGUCGAAUCGGAGUGACAAAGCGCUCUGUCUCCGCCAAUCUCGGUUCAAAAAAAAGCAAUCGCGCCCCUCCAGUGACAGCGAGAGGCCUAGCAUCAAGCACGAAACCAACCCAGAGACGUCGCCCCGAUGAGAAUCGCCUUAUGUCGGCGCUCAACCCUGCGAACGGGCAGGCGACUAUUCGAAACAAUAAAGGUCUCAGCAUCAAGGGGGCAGGAUCCGGGCCACCUAUCGUCGUCGGAUCAAAUUUCGCUCCCGGAACCACAGCUGCCGAUAUCCAGUCCGCCCUCGAGCCUGUAUCGGGAAGGAUAUUGAGUUGUUGGAUCACAUCGCAGCAACCUAGCGUAACUGCGGAGAUUACUUUUGCGGACAAGUCGUCGGCUGACAAGGCUGUGGCUAAUUUUCACAACCAACGGUGGGUAGCUAAUUAUCCAAAGGCCGAUGGCAGGGUUCUCUCUAUGCGCCACAAAUCUGGCGCUGCUGGAUCAAAUGCAAACCGUGAUAUAUUCGAUCCAAACCCGGCGCCAUCCUUCAACCAUCAACGGGAACAGGCGGAUCGUGAACGACGAUUGCAACGGACGGCAGAACCCAUGGUCCAGGAUGGAAGCUUUGGUUUCAAUGAACAAAACAACCAGCCUUAUGAUGGCAGAGGCUCUAGGGGAAACAACCGCAGGAGGGCCACCCGAUUGCUAAACGGAAACCAAAGGCGAAUCCUUGGAGCCAGGUCGCAACGAUGGUCUUCCACAUUUGAGACUAGAGAAUGGACCACGCCCCUUGCGCGAACAUUAGCCAAUGCCAUCAAGACUACAGGACCGAUAUCAAUUGCAGCGUUUAUGCGCCAGGUUCUUACUUCUCCGGAAGGAGGAUAUUACACCACGAAACCGGCAGGCGAUGGCGAGGUCUUUGGAAAGAAGGGCGAUUUUGUAACGUCGCCGGAGAUAUCGCAGGUCUUUGGAGAAUUAGUUGGUAUAUGGACGAUUGCAGAAUGGAUGGCCCAGGGAGGCGCCAAGAGCGGAGUACAGUUGAUAGAAGUUGGGCCGGGAAAGGGCACAUUAAUGGAUGACAUGUUGCGCACUUUCCGACACUUCAAAGCUUUUACAUCGAGUCUUGAAGCAAUAUAUCUCGUCGAAGCCAGUCCCACAUUAAGGGAGGUUCAGAAACAACGGCUGUGCGGAGAUGCGAGCAUGGAAGAGACGGAGAUUGGUCAUCAGAGUAUCAGCAAGUACUUCAAUGUGCCUGUUAUCUGGGUUGAGGAUAUUAGGUUGUUGCCUCAUGAGGACAAGACUCCAUUUAUCUUCGCCCACGAAUUCUUCGACGCUCUACCAAUCCACGCAUUUGAAUCAGUGCCCCCCGCGCCAGAAAAUCAGCUCAAAGAACAGGAGGAGAUCAUGACUCCCACAGGCCCAGCCAAGCUUCAUAAACCACUAAAAGCCGCAAACACUCCUCAAUGGCGCGAGAUCAUGGUCACACUAAACCCGAAAGCCGUGGAUGAAAACCAAAAGGACCAAUCCGAGUUCAAACUCACCCUAGCCAAAGCAUCAAACCCUUCAUCACUUGUCAUUCCCGAGAUCUCUGAACGGUACCGAGCACUCAAGUCUCAGUCCGGAUCUACCAUUGAAGUGAGCCCAGAAAGUCGUAUCUACGCCGCGGAUUUUGCGCGUCGCAUCGGUGGCUCGCCACAGCCCACCAGCACUACCACUAAACAAAACGCGCCUGCAACCUCAACAGUUAUAAAGCGCCGUCCAUCCGGUGCAGCGUUGAUCAUGGAUUACGGCACCAUGUCUACCAUUCCAAUUAACUCGCUCCGCGGGAUCCAAAACCACCAAAACGUGCCGGCGCUCUCGUCUCCCGGACUGGUGGAUGUCAGCGCAGACGUGGAUUUCAUGGCUCUUGCAGAGGCAGCUAUUGACGCUAGCGAGGGUGUAGAAGUUCAUGGACCUAUCGAGCAAGGCCACUUUCUCCAGGCUAUGGGUAUUGCAGAGCGGAUGCAGCAACUGCUCAACAAGGUUGAGGAUGAGGAGAAGAAGAAGAUCCUGGAAAGUGGUGGAAAGCGACUAAUCGAAAGAGGUGGAGGUGGAAUGGGCAGAUUAUACAAGGUCAUGGCCAUUCUUCCAGAGAAUGGUGGGAAACGCCGACCUGUUGGAUUUGGAGGAUCCCUAUAGAUCAACAAGACCUUGACGAGGUGCUUGAAAUAAUCAUCAUAGAAAUUGUAUUAUAGUGGAUACAUAUAAUAAUAUAAAACGACAGUUUAC